AUGCAUAAAGCGAAAAUUACUGGAUCUGUGACGCGUAAAGCUUUAUUAAUAUUGAUAUGGAUGCACGAAUUACAAUAUUUUGUAUUUGGUUCCAACGGAUAUCGAAACUAUGAUAUUUUCGGAAUUAAAAAUGAUGAAACUAUGAAAUCAUCUAUACUGUGCAUAAACCAUAGUGUUUAUGACUGUUCAGAUAAUUCUGAUUUAAGAAUCAAUGACUCUGUAUUAUUCCCAACUACUGAACCUACAUAUGAAUGUGACUUAUUGAGUAUGGAUAUUAAUCAGGAUUUAUUUAAUGGGCCAAAACAAUGUAUUGAUAUAUUUAUUAAAGCAAAGAAUGCUGGCAAAACCGGAGAAAAUCAAAUUGGACUCAAAAAUCAAGAAGCUGUGAAGCUAUUAGUGCCGAAAAAUGUGAUUUUUGAGAACCUACUUAUAAUAAAUGAUAUUUCCCAGUCAACGUUAAUUAAUGAAACUGCUUCCGUUUUAAAAUUUCAUUUUAUUCGAAAUUCUGGAAUUCACGUAGGUAUUGAAUUAUCUGAACUGAAUCUUUAUCCAAUUUACGAAGAUAUUACUUACGAUGGAGUGAAUGAUGUUAUUUUAAAUGCUUCACCUGGAACCUAUGCUUUUCGAUUGAAACAACCAUUAAUGGAAAUUGCAAACCAAUUUUGUAGGUAUCCCUUACCGAACCGAUACUUAUUGUCACUAAAAGCGUUUCGCAGAAGGCAAACAUAUGGCUACAAACGCACUUGUGGAAAACAUACACAAAUGAAUGAAAAUCUGUGCCGGAAAGAUGAAUACCUUAACUAUCCCACAGAUGAAAAACAGAAAACGCAUUUUUAUGAAAGGUCACUCAAUGAUCAAUGUGGACGCAAUCUCAGAUCCUUGAACUUAUGGUUUGAUGAAGAGCCUAGCCAAUGA